AUGUCUCCAAACAAUGAUAAUUUAAGUCAUAAUCACAAUAAUAAUAGUUAUAAUUCGAAUAAUAUAUUUCGACCGCACGAUCAACAACAAUUACAACCUCAACCACCUUUAUUAAAUCAUAGACAACAAAGAUCUGAUCUUCCCCCAAUAUUACCUCCUUUACAUCAACAAUUUCAACCUCCACUGACUUUUCAUCAUCCUUUAAAUCAACCACAUCCAACAAAUCAUUAUUCUCCACAUCUUCAUCAUCAACAACCUCAUCCACCUCAACCACCACCUCAAGGUCCUAUGAUACCACCUCAUCAUCAUAACAAUAAUCAGCCACUACAACAUCAGCCUCAACAUCAACAUCAGCAUCAUCAACCAUUACAUUUAUUUCAACCAAAUAUGCCCACGGCUCAUACACAACUACUUACUGAAUCCAAGUUAAAAGAAAGGAAAAGUAGAAGAACUCAUAAAAAUUCUCGUGAUGGAUGUCCAAAUUGUAAACAAAAAAGAAUAAAAUGUACUGAAGAGUUACCAUCUUGUCAUAAUUGUGUUAAAAAAAAUUAUAGAUGUGGUUAUUUGGAUUUUCCAAAAGAUAAACUCGAGAAAAUAAGACAUAAAAAUAUGAAAAAAUCUAUGGAAGAAAAUGGUGGAACAUCGAAUGAAUACUCAUCGAGUUUAAAAGAACCUUCAUUAACUCCUAUCAAUAAUGACUAUAACUACCCAACUGGAAAUAUUUAUAAUCCAAGACAAGAGGAACUACUACAUAAUGAACAAAUAUCAAGAAAGAGUCCAAACGGCUCAUUUGCAUCUUUACAACAGCAUCAACAAUUGUAUCAACAACACCAACAACUUCAACAACAUCAACAACAGCAUCAACAACAACCACAACCACAACCACUGUAUCAACCUCAAUAUCAACCUCAUCCACAACUACAACAACCACUAGAAUUAAAUCUAAAUUAUCAUGGAAAUGGUCUGGAUACUAUACGUCGAAUAUCCACAAAUCAAAUUACAAAUCCUACAUCAUUGAAUCCACCUUUAUCAUCAUUAAACAACAAACCAUCCGUAAAAUCAGAGAUUUCAUCUUUAAAUCACCCAACUCCACCAUCUGAAAAACCUGAAAAUUAUCAAUCAUUACAAAGUUCAUACAAUUUACGACCAUCAAAUGGGCCUGGGGCUAAAGAAUCAUUUGCUGAGAAGAUCAAACCUGAAGAUUCAUUACCACAAACUCAAUCCAAGUCUACUCAAGAAGAGUCUAAACCCGAAAGUGAUGUUUCAUCUAAUCCUAAUAUCCUCUAUUUAGGCUCAGACAUUAAAAAAUCAUCUGAUUUUUUGAAAAACAAUGGAAAAACUCCAGUAUCUUUAUUAAAUCCGGAAUCACCAGAAUUAUUUGCAAACAUGGGUUCAAUUAUUACACCACCAGUCAACAAUCAAUCAAUGUCAUCACUAGAUUCUUCACCAUACUCAGAAACUCCCAAUAAUACAAUACAAUUAUUCACAAAUUAUGAACCUUCUUAUAUUCCUAAUCAAAAUGGUACAACAAAGUCUCCACCAAAUAUUUUUGAAUUUUCAAAAGAUCAAGAUUUAUCUGUGUUUUUGGAAGUACCUAUAAUGGAUCAAGAUUUGAAUUUAGCAGUUUAUAGAGAUUCUAUUAAAAAAAUAUCAACAAGUCGUCAUGAAUUAUAUUUUUCCGAUAGUUAUAUGGAUAACCAACCUAUUUCAACCAACAAGAAAAGAAAACUUUCAACUGUUGAUAUCGAAAAAGAAUUUGAUCCAACAUUAAUCAAAAAAGGAUCUAUUGAUUCUGAUGCUAUUUCAGUUGAUAGUUUUGAACAAUCACAAUCUAUUUUUGCUCAACAUUUUGGUAUAGAUAUUUAUCAAAAAAAUUCAGAUCAUAGUUUUGAUUCACUUGAUGGAACGAUUGUUGGCAAACCAUUACCUGAUGCACUCAUAUCAACCACUACUUUUAAAGUUUUGAAACAUCCUGAUCAUUAUAAACCGUUGUUUCUGAAAAGUAAAACGAAGUACAAAUUUGAAAUGCCAUUACUGGAAACAAAUCCAGAAUGGUUGAAACAAAAUAGUAAAGAAUUAUGGGGAGAUGUUUAUAACAGAGCAUUUAAUUUGGAAAAUAUAUUCUUUUCACUUUUUUUGGAUAGAGCAUUAAAUGUUAUAUUAAAAGUUUGUAAUCAUUCCAUUACAUCAAGUAGUAGUGUUACUUGUUUCACACCCAAAAUUCAAGAAAUUUUAACAAAAAAAUCAUAUUCAUAUUUUGGUAAACUUAUUAAAGAAUUAAGAGAAUCUGUUGGAAGUUCUGAAAUUAAAGGUACAACUUUAAUAUCAUGGUACGCUGGAUGGUCAUUGUUCUUACAUUCUCAAGCAAGUGCAAAAGCUGGGAUUUUGUUCCAUGCUGGUUCUGCAUCAUUACUAUGGAACUGUCUUAAUGAAUAUAAAAUUAUACAAAAUGUUGGUCCUUCAAUUAAUUUCAUUUUGCAUGCUUUAAGAAAUCAUACUUCUGCUUGUGUUAUACCUGAUUAUAAAUUUGAUGUGUUGCUUGAGUUAAGUGAAAAUUUCUUAAUUUUUAAGAAGUUUAUAAAUUAUAAUACAAAUUUAACGUCUUCAAGUAAUGGAUAUAUUUUGAAAUAUUUUGUUGAAUUUGAAAACUUUCUAAAAGAUUUAAGUGAAAACUUGUACCCAAGAUUUUUGUACAUUGAUCAAUAUUAUAAAUCAAAGAAUAACUUGCAUGGUCACUCACAAAGUAUAAAAUAUUUUUCACCUUCAUUAUUUUAUGAAUUAAUUAAUAAAUGGUUAACUAUAAUUCCAAGUCAUGCAAUUUCAAUUGGGAGAGAUAUGACACCUUUGAAAAGAGCAUUUUAUUUAUUUUACAUUGCUGUUGCUAAAGCUUUAGCGAAUGUAUUUCCUAUAAUAAGAGGUACUUUUUUAGUUGAUACUUGGAAUACAAUAUAUCCACAAUUUGAUCUAGAUUAUAAAUUAUUUGAUUUUCUGAGAGAUGAAAUCCAAGAUGAAACUCAAUUCCAUUUCUUAUCAAAUUUAGCGGCUAAAUUGGUUAGAGUAGUUAAGUUUUUCAAUUCAAGACAACAAAUAUUAUCUCAUUAUAUGUCUGCUGAUACAGUUUUAAAACAAGGUGAGAAAUAUAUUGAAUCUAUAAAAGCUGAUCAUGAUUUCGGUAAGGAAUCUAUAAGAGACAUUGCAAUGUUGAAACAUCCGAAGAUCGAUUUCAAGGAAGUUAUGAUUAGUAAUUUUAGUAUCAACACAAUUGUCAAUAUUUACAACUACCCGGUGCUUAUUGAGUUUUGUAAUCAUAUAAGUGCCAAAACCAAUACAUUCAAGAAGAUGAUAGAACAUGAAAAUCAUAGUCAAAAAGUAAGAAUUCAACAAUAUAGAUCAAAAUAUGAAAACAAUCAAAAUGUAAAAGAAGAAUACUUGACAAAUAUAAACCAUUCAUAUGAUUUUGAUUUUAAUAGAGGAAUGUUUACUUUUGACUACAGAGUUGAACCAGCACUCAAAUACUUGUUUGAUUACUUGAAAACUUCAAAUCAAAAUAGAAUUUUUUCACUUGAUGAUUUUAAAAAUCAAGCUUUGAAUUUUGAAGCUUCUCAAAAGGAAAUGUUUAAUAAUACUUAA